UUGGAUAGAGCGCGACGCUAUAACAGUUCAGUUAGUGUAAUUAGUAUCAUUUCGGGUUAAUAGGUUAUAAUUAUUUACAAUUACUUACUGUCGCCUGAAGACAUUAAAGAAAAAAAGAUAUUGAAAAAGUAAUUUUUUCAUUUAAAAGUUUUAAAAAUAAACAAAGUAAUCAAAUAUUUACUUUAAAUUGUAUUUAAAUUUUAAAGUGUUAAAUUUUGCAAUCGUAAAACAUAAUGGAUAAACCUGUGAAUCAAGCAAACCUCGGGAACCAAGACAAUCACGAGUAUCGUUGGACACCCGUAGCAUUGGAAAGGGCUGGAUCUAUGCUGAAGGCAUUGAAUCGUAUGGCGAAACGACCUCCAGUACAUAUCUUAUUUGAAGAUAUAAAAUGCACAGUCACCAUUCGAAAAGAAGAGCGUCUCAUACUGCGGAACGUGUCUGGUGAGUUCCGGUCUGGGGAACUGACUUGCGUGCUCGGCCCCUCCGGCGCCGGCAAAUCCACGCUGCUGAACAUACUGGCUGGAUACACGACAAAGGGAGUAAGCGGUCGUAUAACAGUGAACGGUCACGCACGAGAUAUGCGGGUGUUCAAGAAACUAAGCAGUUACAUAAUGCAGGAUGAUUUGCUGCAGCCCCGUCUAUCCGUCUGCGAGGCGAUGAGGAUCGCCGCAGACUUGAAGCUGGGCAAGGAACUAGGGAGAGCGGAGAAGGAACUUAUAGUAGAAGAAAUUCUUCAGACGCUAGGUUUAUGGGAGCACAGGAACACAAGAUCUGAACAUCUAUCUGGAGGGCAAUCGAAGCGUCUCUCUGUCGCCUUGGAACUUGUCAACAACCCGCCCAUCAUCUUCUUGGAUGAGCCAACAACAGGUCUGGACGUCGUAUCUAUCAGACAGUUAGUGGUGCUCCUACGCCUACUUUCCCGACAAGGGCGUACCAUCAUCUGCACAAUACAUCAACCCUCCGCUUCUCUGUUUUCUCUCUUCGAUCGUGUUUAUGUCCUUUCUAGAGGAAUGUGUUGUUACCAGGGUGCAGCACCACUUCUUGUGCCGUUUUUAACCGAAGUCGGGCAAAUCUGUCCGUCAACGCACAAUCCCGCAGACUUCGUGGUGGAGACUGUAGCCAGUGACCCUGAGGCAUCCGCGGAAAUGUCUGAACUCUGCCAAAACGGGAAGCUAUGCCGAAAGUUGGAUAGGAUGACGUUGAGAGGCGGGAGGAAGCCAGUUCUGCACUCGGAUGAAUCCAUCCAAAGAAUCUUCGUGGAGCAUAUAGCCAAAGAACAAAUGCAGAAAAUGGAAUUUCCCACCACAUUCCUGACUCAGUUUCUCAUAUUAACAAAGCGAAUGUUUAUACAAAGUAGAAGAAAUUCGAUAACAUUAUGGAUACAGUUGGUACACCACGUAGUGUCCGCAGUACUUCUGGGAAGUAUUUUCUUGUUAGUGGGAAACGACGCUGCCGUCCCUAUAGUAAACUUCAAAUUCUGUAUCAGUGUGCUCGUGUUCUUCAUGUACACUUACAUCAUGAUACCUGUACUGCUGUUUCCCAUGGAAGUCCGCAUGCUGAGGCGUGAAUACUUCAACCGCUGGUACGGUCUUAAAGCAUAUUAUGCAGCUCUGACGUUUUCAUCUUUACCUGUUAUGGUGCUCUUCGGUUUACUGUUUUUAGUAAUCGUCUACCUCAUGUCAGGACAAAUUCUAGAAUGGGACCGGUUUGUCUUAUUCGUGUUUUGCGCUUUGCUGAUCGCCAUUUGUUCUGAAGGCUUUGGACUCGUCGUUGGCUCUGCGUUUAAUGCUACCAAUGGCUCCAUCGUAGGUCCCGCAACGGUAUCUCCAUUAUUGGUACUUUGCUGCUAUGGCAUGGGAUUCGGACCGUAUAUAGAAACUAGAAUGCAAAUAUUAAUGUCAUUAUCGUAUCUGCGUUACGGUUUAUCAGGAUUAUCUAUCGCAUUGUACCAAAAGAGAUCAUCUAUGGAGUGCCAUCAAGAAUUCUGCCUCUACUCUGAUCCUAAACUCAUUCUUCGUGACGUCGGAAUGGCCAAUGAUACUUAUUACAUGCAAAUUGUUGGUUUACUAGGUUUUAUAAUCAUUCACAGGUUGAUAGCAUAUUUUGUAUUACGUUAUCGACUUACCUCGGAAUUCUCAAACAAAUUCAUGUCGUAUAUUAGUAAAUUUUUAAAACAUAGAUAAUUUUUGUCGUUUCUCUGAAUCUAGAAAUUUGAUAGAACAAAAUAGAAUGUAUUUCUUGGUAUUUACUAAGAUUAUUGUGUUUUCUCUUCUAUUUGUACAAUUAAUAGAAAAAGGAAUUGAACAAUUUUUGAAUAUAUUUGUCUAUUAUCUUGGCGGUUGAACAUUAUGCAUUAUCUUCUUAAAACAUGACAGUUAUAUGUAUUUCUAUAUUUAUAGUCGUUUUUAGUACAAUUAACUCGGUUACCUGGUACUCAGAAUUACAAGUAACUUCCAAGUAUCUUAGUUAUUAUUUAAUCGGACAGGGACUUAACAAUUAGUUUAAUAAAUGUACUAAAACUUUAACUUGAUAUAUUUUGUAAGUUUUGAAGUAUUUGAAUCUGUGAUUU